AUGCGAGGAGUCCAUCCCUACGGACAUGCCCGCGACAGUCCACUGUCCCAAGAUGUAAUCCAACAUGCCCUCCCGUUUCGUGACCACCGUCACGCUGGAACUACCAUCACUGGUGGCGAUGACCUGACACCGGAAGAGUUGUAUGGUCUCGCAUCCAUCAUGCAAACCACUGCCACCAUGGGAGACUUUGAACGAUUUCUGUUCGGUAUUUUCGAUGGUUGGACCUCGGCAUCGCCCACACCCACCAACCCCGUUCUUCAUGACCGAUCGUCCAAAAAAACACGUCUACAAGUUGGAACCCUCUCGGAGGACCACCCACUUACUACCCGACAAAUCAAGGCCAACAAAAGACAGGAUCCUGAACGUCGAGCAUGCAGCCUUGUUUACUUCGGCCUUAACAUCAACCACGAGAUGGGAGAUGUAGAUUGGUUUUGGUGUGACAGCCGCAAUGUAGCUAUCAACCCCCGUUACGUUUGUCUUGAUGAAGGUCAGACCGAGAUUACCAUUCGUACACAGGCGAUGCUGCGAUACGAUCACGCAGAGCGAGUCCGCAUCCGGACAUACAACUGCGCACUUUUGGAAGCUUGUGCCAAACGUAUCGUUCAAAAGUGGGCGCACGCCUGUUCUUCUUUUGGAUCGGUCAUCGACGAUGCUGACCAGCCUCAUGAUCUGCAACCUCUACAACUUGCAGGUCCAUAUGUAGAGGCCCAGAGCGAAGUCCUAGCUGAAGCAUCACGACGCUGCAUGGCGCUGCUGCAGGCCCAGCAUUCGUAUGCUUGA